GAAGAUUGAAAUCCACGUUUUUUUUACCGCACCCGUAACUAACCUGGGCCCAGUGCCCAGAGACGCUCAACUAUCCCUUUUGGCCGUGGGACCCACAGCCAGCCACCUGACCGAGGAUUCCAUCCCAAACGACUUUCUGUUUUUCUCUGUUCCCAACGAGGACGAACAACACCUCCCCACUUGCACAGUUGCACUGCUCCAGCCCAGCGCCAGGCGUCACCCUGCGCUGCGCUGCGCGAAGGAGAUGCCGGCGGACGGGGGCGCUGUGGCGGGGGCGCCAUGCGGGGCGUGCAGGACGCUCCGGUGCAGAUGCGUGCCGCGCUGCGUCUUCGCGGCCUACUUCUCGGCGGAGGAGUUCGCCGCCGUGCACGGCGUCUUCGGCGCCAGCAACGUGUCCAAGAUGCCCGAGGACAUCGGACUCCCCGAGCAGAGGCGGCUCGCCGUGGACACGCUCGUCGAAGAGGCCAGGGCGUGGGCGCGGGACCCCACCUUCGACCGCGUCUCCUACCUCUGCAUCCUCCAGGACCAGGAGGUGAACGACAAGUACAGGGAGCAGGUCGACGAUGCGCGGGAGGAGUUCGACGCCGAGGUCGCGUCCGAGCCGGUCGACGUUGCUGCCGCAGGGCUGGAGGCGCAGGCGCAGGCGCAGGUCGACGCCGCGCUGCAGCACGAGCAGGACUACAGGCUGCUGGGCGGUUGGGGGGCGACGACGGGCGAGCAGCAGCACCUUGUGACGCAAGACGCCGAGAAUGAGCACGGCAUCAUCCUUGGGCACGGCCACCCGGCCGAGCUAUCCCAGGAGAUUCUGCAGCUGCAGGAGUUGUUGGAUAUGGCAGAGCUCUCCAGAAACAGAAAGCAGCAGAUCAUCCAGAAAACAGAGAUGGGGCAGUACUGGGACGCGGCGGCGGGGGGCGCGAGGGAACAUGACCUACUGACGAUGAUGCAGCAGGCCCCGGCCGCUGCGUGGCAGCACCAAUACCCCGCCCCGCAGUAUGCCGGGAUUCGUGGCGGGCCUGGCGGCCACCAGGAGAUGCCGCAGCCGAUGGAGGAAGCCUGCACGGCGGAGUUUGCUACGGGGAUGGGCAUCAUGUCGCAGCAAUUCGCCUCGGCGCAGCCGUACCACGACCACGACCCUGCGGCGGUGCCCCACGCGUCGCCAUGGCUCCAGCGUAUGCCUGAGGCGCAGCAGCCGGCUGCCGCGUCGCAGGUGGCGAGCGAGCAGGACAUGCUGCUGUUGCUGCUACUGCAGCAGCAUCAGGUCGCGGCGGCGGGGUUGAUGUCCGCGGGCGGCGCUCGUCAGUUGGAUAACGUCGCCGCACAAUACGAUGACACGGAGGUCGCACUGGGGUACGGGUACGGCCAUCCGGACAUGCACCAGCACCAGCACCAGCAGGUGGCCGCCGCGGGGCAGGUUGCCGGAGUGGAUGACGACAUGAACCCCCGGGAGAUGACGCAGCAGCAGCACGCUCAGCAAGGGCUCGACAUCGCCCUUGGAAACGGCCACCUGGACGGCGAAACCGAGGCGAUGCUGCAGGAGUUGGCCGCCCUGCUAGAGCAGGCGGGAAAGCAGGAAACGAUCAGGAAGCAGCAGGGCGUGGCGACAGGGAUGGGGCAGUGGGACGCGGUGACGGGGAUCGCGUGGGAGCAGGACGUGACGACGAUGACGCACCAGCAGAGCCCGGACGCUGCUGCGUGGCUCCAGGUCCAGGAGAUGCUGGAGCAGAUGGAGGAAGCGUCGUCCACGCCGGAGUUUGCUGAGAUCAUAGCGUGGCAAGCCGAGGCGCGGUACGCCCAGGAAGAGCUCGCCAUCACCCUUGGUAACGACCACCCGGACUGGUCAACCCAGGAUAUCCUGCAAGCGCAGGAGUUGUUCGCCAUGGCAGAGCUGGCCAGGAAGCAGGAAAUGGUCAGGAAUCUGGUCGCCGCGGCGGCGCUCGCCAGAGAGCAGGAAAUGAUCGCGCAGCAGCAGCAGCACCCCGAGGCGCAGUACUCCGGGACAGAGCUCGACAUCUCGCUGUGGCAAGGCCCCGGCCACGGCCACCCGUACUGGCAUCAGCCGACGAUGCAGCAGAUGCUGCAGGAGAAGCAGCUGCCGACGGUGCAACAGCUGUUGCAGGAGCAGCAGCUGGCCGACGCGAUUGGAUUCGGCACGCACCAGGCCAGCACGACUUUGGUGCCGCAGUAUGCGAACGGUGAGCACGGGAGCGGCACCGGCGCCGCAAUGGCGUUCCAGUCGCCGGGGUCUGACAAGGACGCGCCAUUCCCAUUCCCAUUCCCAUUAUAUGUAGGAUUGUAGGCUAG